GUUUGCGGCCCAAUCAGCGGCGGGCUCACGGCGGCGGCGCUGGUAUUGGGGCAGCGAGGGGGCAGUUCUCUAUAACGCGGUCUGCCGAGCCAGCGGGGAAGAAAGAAGCCGAGCGGGCGGAAGGCGCCUUCCCCGCUGCCUGGGCCCCGGCAUCGGGUACUGGGCCGGGGUCCUUCCCGCCUCCCGCGGUCGCCGGUCGUUUCGUUGGCCCCGCCCCGGGCGCUCCGGGCCGCUCGAGAGGGGGCGCCGGACCGCAACGCGCAGGGAAGGCGGCGGCAGGAAGCGCGGGGACCGCGGGGACCCAGGAGUCCGGCCGCCGCCGGUGCCGCGUGACGAGGGCCGGGAGGGGCCGGGGGCCGGCGGCGCCCGCGAGUCAAGGCCUCCCCUUCGAGGGGGGCGAUGUUCCCCUCUCCCGUGGGCUCUGCGCGCAGCCGGGGCACCGCGCCGCUGGGCCCCGGGCCUCCGCGCCGGGCGCCGCUAUGGAGACUCUCUGCCCCGCUUCGCGCCUGGCGGUGCCGUCGUCUCCGCGGGGGUCUCCGUGUGCCCCAUCGCCCCGGAAGCCAGGCCGGGGGACCCAGGAGUUCUCACCGCUGUGCCUGCGUGCCCUGGCCUUCUGCGCCCUCGCCAAGCCGCGCGCGCCUUCCCAGGGCCUGGGUCCCCGAACCUCGCCGUGCCCCGGCGACGGUGACCCGGACGGCCUGAAGCUGCCCGCGCAGCCCCGAGCCCCGAGCCCUCCGGCCCCGGAGGAUGCGGACGCCGCCCCGCGCCCCGGCGACGGGAGGGAGGAAGAGGGCGGAGGCCGCGACGCACCUCCUGCCCGCUGCCCCGAGUCCCGGUGUCCUCAGGAGGCUCCGCCCGCGCCGACCCUGGGCCUCGAGUCCCAGCCUCGUCCCACUUCCAGCCCGCCGCCACCUGCGGGUCCCGCGCCUUCACCACCGGAGCAAGACGGACGCCCCCCGCCCGAGGCACCCGCUGGAGACCCUUCGACGGCCGCGCCCAGCGACCUCCGCCAGGAACACUUCGACCGCCUCAUCCGCCGUUCCAAACUCUGGUGCUACGCCAAGGGCUUCGCCGUGGACACACCGAGCCUGCGCCGCGGUCCCGAGCGGCUACCCGCGAAGGCCCCGGCCAAAGGCGCCAGCAAGAAGCGCCGCCGCCCUACGCCCGCUCCGCGACUGCCGCCCCCGGCGCGCGCGCCGCCCCGCCGCCCCGCGCCCGUGCUGCCCGCAGCCGGCACCUUCAGCCUGCUCAGCUGCUUCCCUUGCACGCCUGCCCUGGUGGUAGAUGACGACGGGGACCUGCGGCCCGCCGCCUCGCUGCGUCUGCAAGGCAACACCCGGCCCCCGCCCGCCCACCCGGUGUGGCGGUGGCAGGUAGGUGGCCCCGCGGUGCCGGAGCCCCCCGGUUGCAAGUUUUGGGGGGCCAACCUGGAAGAACUGUGAGCGGGGACAUCUCUGCUGCUACGGAAGACAGCUGAGGACGCCGUGCUCGGAGAACAGAGCCUGGCUUCCCACUUCUGCCUGUUCUUGACUCUUUCUGAUCCGCGGGCACGGGAACUCGAGUGACUGAUCCGCGAACGCUGCAGACUUCCGUCCAGCUUAUCUCUGCGGAGGAGACGAGGGCCACAGUUGGGGGACAGUGGAUUGAUGCGAAUUUCUGCCCUCCUCCCCCACCCCGGUGCUCUGGGUUGUAGCCAAGGAGGCCACCGCUCCCGAACCCCAAAAAGGGAGCUAGAGAGAUCUUGGUGAUGGACAAACCGGUUGUUUCUUCGUCCCAGGACGAGCCUAGGGAAUGGGGGCCUUGGAGGGGCCCUCGAGGGUGAUUGGCAGCUCCGUGGGGGGCUCCACCCCACCUCCCAACCUUUAACCCUUGGCUACCCGCAGGCUUUAGGGAGCCCUGCUGGAGGAAGGGGCCUGGUCACUCACUCCUGUGCCCUUCUAGGUCCCCCAAGUUCAGGUGACUUCCCGAUUAGUGAGAGCUGCAGUCUCAGCAACGAAUUUUUCCUUUUUUGCCCAGUUUUGGAGGUCCCCGUUACCCCCAAUUUUCUAUUUGCUUUCAGUUCGUAUGUUUGCUGGGUGGAAGAGAAUCCCCCACCUUGAUAACCUAACUUGCCCCUGCCCCAGCUUACUGCACACUUAAGGGGGACAGGGCCCAGGGACCCUGUCAUGUCUCCAGCAGACUGCCUGUGGACAGGGCAGGAGACUGUCCCAGGGAAAGUAAUGGAAGGUGGAAGAAAUCAAUAAAUUCAGACCAAAUGA